AUGCACGAGCAGCCCGCGGUCGUGCGGGCCCCCAGCUCGGGGAGCAUGUCAGGCGACGGCACUGACAUGCGUGUGGUUUUGGUGGACGUCGCCGCGGCGGGGCUGCCCUUUGACGCGGACGACGCGCAGCCUGGGUGGCGCUGCGGGCGCCGCGCGCUCUCCCUCCCUGAGGCGCACGCGACCCUCAAGGUCCCCGCGGGCGACAAGGUUAAGCCCUGGCGGAUGAUGCUGGCGUUUGUGGGCUGCGGGGCGAUGGUGUCGGUCGGCUACAUGGACCCCGGCAACUGGUCCACCGGCCUCGCCGGCGGCGCGCGCUACGGCUACGCGCUGCUGUGCGUCGUGCUGCUGUCGUCGCUGGCGGCCAUGUUCCUGCAGCACCUGUCGCUGAAGCUGGGGGUCGCCUCGGGCCGCGACCUCGCGCAGGCCUGCCGCGACGCGUACCCCAGGUGGAUGUGCAUCCCGCUGUGGCUGAUGGCUGAGGUGGCGAUCGUGGCCUGCGACCUGGCGGAAGUCAUAGGGUCGGCGGUGGCGCUGAAGCUGCUGUUCGGGCUGCCCCUGUGGGCCGGCGUCCUCAUCACUGGUGCGUGCUGA